UCCGAAGGAAUGGGACCGAGAAGUGAGGGGGGAGCGGGCACUGCAACGGGCUGCGUGGUGGCCUUGAGAAGGCGCUGUUGCUCGGGGGAAGCUUUGUUUUCCGUGCCGUUUUUUGAUCAGGGAGUUAAGGUUUGUUCUACCGACUGUCCCAAUUCGCAACUCCGAAGAAUCUUAAUGGUGUUUUUGUGUCAAAACGAUGGGCAAGGUUUGUGCCAUUUUUGGAGGAUCCCGAGGAAUAGGAAAAGCUGUUGCAGAAUUAUUGGAACGGAAAGGCUGCCACGUGGCAAUUGUUGCUAGAAAUCUUGAAGUAGCCCAAAAUACUGCACACAGUCUUGGUGCUGGCCACCUGGCGCUUAGCUGUGAUAUAUCUAGAGAACAAGAAGUCCAACAUGCUUUUGAGGAGAUACAGAGGAAAUUAGGUCCUAUUAACUACCUGGUUAAUGCAGCUGGGAUCAACAAGGAUGGCUUGUUACUGAGAACCAAGACUGAAGAUAUGGUAUCCCAGAUUCACACGAACCUUUUAGGAACAAUGUUUACAUGCAAAGCUGCUGUAAAAAGUAUGAUUCAUCAUCAAGGAGGUGCUAUUGUUAAUAUAGGAAGUGUUGUAGGACUUAAAGGCAACUCUGGUCAAAGCAUAUACAGUGCUAGCAAAGCAGGAAUAGUUGGAUUUUCACGUUCUCUUGCUAAAGAAGUUGCAAGAAAGCAAAUUCGAGUCAAUGUGGUUGCUCCAGGCUUUAUUCACACAGAGAUGACUGCUCACUUGGAAGAAGAUGAGUUGAAGAAAGCAAUUCCCCUUGGAAGAUUUGGAGACCCUCAUGAAGUUGCAAAAGCUGUUUUAUUUCUUCUUGAGUCCCCAUAUGUUACAGGGAGUACUCUAAUUGUGGAUGGAGGCUUGCAGCUUUCGAUUUAGUUGUUACCUUGAAUAUGUACCUGCUUACAUGUAAUGAUGGUAAUAUAUAAAUACAUGCUAAUUAAGGAGGGGGAAAUCUGUCUAAGAUUCAUGUAUAUAAUUGGCUUCAUAUUCUUUAAUCAGAUGAGUAAUUCGUUGCAGUAGAGUCCAACAGGUAUGUUUAGCUACCUGAAAGAGUCCAUUUGGUAGUAUGACGUCUGCAUAUGUAACAAUUCUUAAAGAGAAAAAUACGUCUGCCUUUGGUAUGGUGAGAGUUACAAAUAAUUUCCUGAUGGAUUUUUAAAGCACUGUUUUUAUAAAGUCAUGUUUUCCAGUUUGGAAAGAGAGUAGAGAUUUUAAUCUGAAUUAUUGUGUUACACAAAGGUGAAUAAAAUGCAGGGCAUGUUUAUUUGCUGUCAGUUAUGAUUGCAUCAAAUUUUUCAUGUGUGUUGAAGAUUGUGAACUGUAUGGUUUUCUUUAUUUCUAUCAUUCUGUUCCUACAAAGUGGCAAAGAGUUUCCUUUGUUUUUUUGUUUAUAGCAGAAAUUGCAAAGGUGGAAACUUCUUGGUCUCCAGCAUACCUGAAUUGCCUUUACAAGAUGUUAUUAUAUGCAAUAUAUUUUUAUGAAAACAAAAACUCAGCAGUUCCACUCUUAAAUAUAUGUACAGUGAUUAAUUAAUUCAGUAGCACUUGAUUAGAUUAAAAGGCCAAUGAUUGGUCACUAGAGUUGCUAAGUCUGUAAUUUUCUGUGUUCCAGCUACACAAACAAUGGUCACUGGUGAAUGGUAUGGUUGCAGGCCUUGCUGCUGCAUGGAAGUCUUUUCACAGACUCAGUACAUGCUGAGAAGAAAAGUAUUGCUUUUGAAGUGCAAAGUACUGUUGUGUGUCUUCUUCAGCUCAGUCCGACUGUGUUUGGUUGAUGUUCUUUAGUAUGAAUAUGUAGUCAAUAAAAUAGCCAUUUAUUUUACUCAAAGCAGCUUUUGAAGCAAGGUAAUUAUUCAGCUGUAAAUGAUCUUGGAUGUUCCUUUCUUACUGUAAAAUUACCAAGAGGCUGACCUCAGGCUUUUCCAUUGAGAUCAAGUAAUUUUUGGUAUUUGAUGUUUCUAUCUUCUCUGAAGAAAACUGUGAAUGUGGUUUAGGAUUUUCUCUUAGCUCCAGUGUUCUUUGCAUCAUGAUCCAGAUGUUGAUUCAGCUUUUGAAAUUUCUUCCCAUCUUGGCACAAACUGAAGUACAGAAAGAAGAGAUCUCACUGAUGAUAACUUUGAGUCUUUAAAGUCUGAGAUUUUCUUCAUUUGUGUGGUUGGGAAGUUUUGUCUUUGUGCCAGAAGACACCAAAUUUUCAAGCUUCUCCCAGGAGGAGCUGGCCAGAAAAUAGUAGAAUUUCUUCAGAGAGCACUGAAGGUGAAGGGCAGCUGGUCCUCCUACUUUUACUAGUCAAGCAAUCAGUCAUAUGUUGGUAACUUGGCUGCUGCCCAUACCUGCCCUUCGUUUUUUACUAGCAAAAUCUGUCCGGUGGAUCUUGACCAGAAACCAAACAUAAGAGACUAAAAAUAAUUUCCUGUUAGUGAGCUUUCACCCUAAUUAUUGUUACUGUCUAUUCUUUUGUUUAAUAAAGGAAAUGUUAAGUAAGCUAA